CUGUUUCCGAUUCUGUGUCUCCCUCUCUCUCUGCCCCUCCCCCGUUCGUGCUCUGUCUCUCUCUGUCCCAAAAAUAAAUAAAAAACGUUGAAAAAAAAAUUUAAAUGCAAUCGCGUGACCGGGUUAGUGCUUUACCAAGUUCACGCAUUCCGCAGCUGUCCUUGGUUUGAAAGCACACAGAGGCAGGUAACCAUGAGAUCAUAUGGAUAAAACAGGAAGGAAAGGUAUGGGUUCAUCUUCUACGACUUGCAGGUGGAAAGUGUCCUGUUACUCCAUAACCUGAGCCCCCACCUCCUGGGCUACCGCAUAUCAGAUAGCGAGUGCGGUUUCCUCCGUGUGGUGGCCCCAGCAUUAGUGAAAAUGCAGAGAGGAUGGCUUCUCCAUUUGUUUUAAGUUUCCUCCCCUACAAAACACCUGCCAUUUCUGUAUCUCCCAGGUACCUUAUCCUUAGAACUUUCAAGCAACUCUGUCCCAAACCCCUUUAUUUACUCCCUGGAGAGCUAUUUGGGACCGUGCUCACGGUUAUCACGUGAUCUAGCAGAAGGGCGCAGGCUCCAUGAACUCGAGGAAGGGAACCAGAGGAGAGUGACAGUUUGCGGAUUUCUCCCCCCAUGGAUCGUGGUGAGGAUCCAAAGAGCAUAUGGCUCAAGGGCAGAUCAUAAUAAUGUUAACGGUGGCGAGGUAUGCCCGCUUUUUCAACGUAUGAACGCAUUUCAAGAUACUCACCAUGGUCGCCUGGUUUCAGUCGAGCACCGAGCUGCGCAAGGAGAAGUCCCGGGAUGCGGCCCGCAGCCGGCGCAGCCAGGAGACCGAGGUGCUGUACCAGCUGGCGCACACGCUGCCCUUCGCGCGCGGGGUCAGCGCCCACCUGGACAAGGCUUCCAUCAUGCGCCUCACCAUCAGCUACCUGCGCAUGCACCGCCUCUGCGCCGCAGGGGAGUGGAACCAGGUGGGAGCAGGGGGAGAAGCUCUGGAUGCCUGCUACCUGAAGGCCCUGGAGGGCUUCGUCAUGGUGCUCACUGCCGAGGGAGACAUGGCUUACCUGUCGGAGAAUGUCAGCAAACACCUGGGCCUCAGUCAGCUGGAGCUCAUCGGACACAGCAUCUUUGAUUUCAUCCACCCCUGUGACCAACAGGAGCUCCAGGACGCCCUGACCCCCCGGCCGAGUCUGUCCAAAAAGAAGCCAGAGGCCCCCACCGAGCGGUGUUUCUCUUUGCGCAUGAAGAGUACCCUCACCAGCCGCGGGCGCACCCUCAACCUCAAGGCGGCCACCUGGAAGGUGCUGUACUGCUCUGGACACAUGAGGGCCUACAAGCCCCCUGCGCAGACUUCCCCCGAAGGGAGCCCCAACUUGGAGCCGCCCCUGCAAUGCCUGGUGCUCAUCUGUGAAGCCAUCCCCCACCCGGGCAGCCUGGAGCCCCCCCUGGGCCGGGGCGCCUUCCUCAGCCGCCACAGCCUGGACAUGAAGUUCACCUACUGUGAUGAGAGGAUCGCGGAGGUGGCCGGCUACAGCCCCGAUGACCUGAUCGGCUGCUCCGCCUACGAGUACAUCCACGCUCUGGACUCAGACGCCGUUGGCCAGAGCAUUCACACCUUGCUGAGCAAGGGCCAGGCGGUAACGGGGCAGUAUCGCUUCCUGGCCCGGAGUGGUGGCUAUCUGUGGACCCAGACUCAGGCCACAGUGGUGUCAGGGGGCCGGGGUCCCCAGUCUGAGAGCAUCGUCUGCGUCCACUUUUUGAUCAGCCGGGUAGAAGAGACCGGAGUGGUGCUGUCCCUGGAGCAAACCGAGCGACACUCCCGCAGACCCGCUCAGCGGGGCACCCCCUCCCAGAAGGACGCCCCUGAUCCUGGGGACAGCCUUGAUGCCUCUGGUCCCCGGAUCCUGGCCUUCCUGCACCCCCCUGCCCUGAGCGAGGCCACCCUGGCUGCUGACCCCCGCAGCUUCUGUAGCCCUGACCUCCGUCGCCUCCUGGCACCUAUCUUGGACGGGACUUCAGUAGUUGCCACCCCCAGCGCACCCCCAGCCACACGGCGCCCCCAAAGCCCUCUUCCGGCCGAUCUGCCAGACGAACCACUCAUGGAUAUGGAGAAUACACACAAACUCUUGGCCUCUGGGAAAGACCUUGAGGCUGUGGAGACAGAUCUAGAUAUAGCUCAGGAUGUCGAUGCUCUGGAUUUGGAGAUGCUGGCCCCCUACAUCUCCAUGGAUGAUGACUUCCAGCUCAACUCCAGCGAGCAGCUACCCAGGGCCUUCCGCAGACCUCCAGGCGCUGUCCCCCGGCCCCGCGCUCGGAGCUUCCAUGGCCUGUCGCCCCCAACCCCUGAGCCUUCCCUGCUGCCCCGCUGGGGGAGUGACCCCCGGCUGAGCUGCUCCAGCCCUUCCAGAGGGGACCCUUUGGCAUCGUCCCCCGUGGCUGGGGCUCGGAAGAGGACCCUGGCUCAGAGCUCAGAGGACGAGGCCGAGGGGGUGGAGCUGCUGGGAGUGAAACCCCCCAAACGGUCCCCCAGCCCAGAACCCGAAAACUUCCUGCUGCCUCCCCUCAGCCUGAGUUUCCUUCUGACAGGAGGGCCAGCUCCAGGGAGCCAGCAGGAUCCCGGCACCCACCUCCUGGAACUGAAUGAGCCCCUCCGCCUGGGUCCCCCGCUGCUCUCUCUCUACGCGGACGAGGACCCCGUGGAGCCCAGGAGCCACUUCCAACCAGCGGCAGGCUUGGCCCAGGCCAACUGAGCCAGCUCUGCGGGCCCUCUUCCCUGCGCCCUUCCACUCCCCAGAAAGGACCUCAGCCACACUCCACGCCGGCAGCCAAAGCACAGGAUGGGGGCACCAGGAGAGGGGCUCCCUCUCUCCUUUCAGUGGCCCCCGCCCACCUCGGGCCUACCUCAGCCCUCACCCCUCUGCCCCUCCAUGUCUGGGGGGCUUUCUGGGGUGGUCUCAGCUCAGUGACCUCUGGGAGGGGGUCCCUGGCGCCCUCCUCCUCCUUCUCUCAGGACUUCCCUUGGGGUUCUCUAUACUGGUUACCUCAUCCCUUUCUCCCACUCUCCUGGCUUGAUUUUGGGUAAUUAGGGGUGGGGGAGGUAGGGGCUCAGGUCUGUGUUUCUGGGCUCUGGGGAGUAUUGAUAACCACAGUCAUGUUUCUUUCCAUCCAUUUUUGUUGUUUUCACAACAGGGUUUUAAUUGCUAUGAAUUGCCCGGGGUCCAUAAGAAUGCAGAACUCUGAUUCCCACCCCCCCCCCUUCUUCAGGUGUUAAUGGGGGGGCCUCUGGGGCAGACCUCACCCCUAGCAACUUCAGAUCAACCCCUUAGCCUCUCGAGUGGCCACCCCACUCUGCCUGCCCCUCCCCUGGGGGCUUCUGCUGUCCUCAGUCUCCCCUGGGCACUGGCUUCAUUCAUGGGCUUCCUAUUUCCAGGGGCAGCCUCCAACUUCCACUGCUUCCAGAUCGUAUGACUUCCAGCUCUCUCCGGCUCUAGGCCACUCAAUCCCUGGCCUUCUCCGGAUCUAGACCACACAGCCCCCCCCCCC